AUGUUUGAAGGAUAUCGGGACAGCGAGCAGACGGCUCGACCAUCACUUUCAACUGUACCUUCUGACGAUGGUCGAGAUCAAACCAAGAACAAACCGGUCAAGCGAGCAGCAACGGCUCCUGUCGAGCUGAACACUCCGCGAUCAGCGAAACGAAAAACAACAUUGACAAGAUUCCCCACAAUGGCAUCCAAACCACCUUUAACCCGUGUGCCCAGUGUUCAAACAAGAUAUAUGGAGAUGCUGCUUCACUUGGACGAUAUCCCUCGAAUUUAUAACAUUUUCGCCAGCCUGUUCACGUGGAUUAUCCUGGCAGGCUUUCUGGUCGUCCCUGGUACCUUUACCACCUUCAAAGAAUCGGAUGCCCUCAAUGGCGAUGAUAACAAUGUCAGCACUGAAGUGGCCAAUGCCAUUGUCGAUUCGAUUGCAAACAUCGGGCUGCUGUGGCUCUCGGGUGCAUUUUGCGCUGUUGGAGCGGUGGGAUGCCUUUGGUUAUGGUUUCGGUGGCGCAAGAAUUAUGUCUGGUUGAUUAGUCGGAUAUUCUUGCCGGUGACGAUGAAUUCACUCGCCGGUUUGAUCACCACCCUUGUCAAUGUUUAUACGGCCCAACAUGGUGUUUGGAGUGUAACGGCAAAGAUCACGGCAACUGUUACCGGGUCUUGUAUGUGCGUUGCCGGCGGCUUCUUCCUCAUCUACAAUUUUUGGGCCUUACGUCGAGUGCGGAAAGUGCAUGACCAAGAGCUGGGACUUGAACAUGAGCAUGACGAUGAGACCCUUGUUGAGAAGGUCAAGCGGAAAGCCCACGAACCUCCUUUACAAGGGGGCAGUGUUGUAUAA